AUGUCGCUUUAUAAUCAACCGGUAGUGAUAGACAAUGGGUCCGGGAACCUUAAGGCAGGAUUUGCUGGAGAAGAAAAACCCAAGAGUUAUGCAUCAGCUAUAGUUGGACGCCCUAAAUAUCAAAAAAUCAUGGUUGGAUCAAUGGAUUCUAGCACGACUGGUACAACUACAGGAACAGUAUUAACAUCGUCAUCUUCAACAUUUGUUGGGAACUCGGCCCAAAAUAAUCGUGGGCUUCUUCGAUUGACUUACCCCAUUGAACAUGGGAUUGUCACUAAUUGGGAAGAUAUGGAAUUAUUAUGGCAAAGCACAUACACUCAAGAUCUCAAAACAAACUCUGAAGAUCAUCCUUUACUUAUAACGGAGGCUCCGCUUAACCCAAGAGCAAAUCGAGAUAAAAUGUGUCAGUUACUCUUUGAACAAUUUAAUGUUCCAUGUCUAUAUAUUUCCAUUCAAGCAGUUCUUUCACUAUAUGCAUCGGGGAGAACAACUGGGGUAGUUGUUGAUAGUGGUGACGGGGUUAGUCAUAUAGUACCCGUUUACGAAGGGUUUGCCCUUCCUAAUUCGAUCAAACGAAUGGAUAUAGCUGGUAGAGAUAUAACAGAAACAUUUGCACAACAAUUACGGAAACUGUCAGGAUUAGCUCUCACUAGUCUGUCUGAGUUUGAAAUUGCUCGUAUGAUAAAGGAAAGGUGUUGUUACAUUGCCAAGGACGUUGCAAGAGAUGAACUGUUGUAUGGAUCAUCUGCUGCCGCGGCUGCAGCGGCUGCUUCUGCAGCAGCGGCAACUACUUCAUCUUCCUCAAGUUCAGCCAAUCUUUCUACAGAUCAAUAUAGACUUCCAGAUGGACGUGUAAUACAUGUUGGACCAGAGAGAUUCCGAGCACCAGAAAUUCUUUUCAAUCCUGAACUUAUUGGUGAUGAAUCACCAGGAAUUCAUGAACUCACUGCAUUGGCUAUUGCCAAGACAGAUUUAGACCUUCGUCCUAUACUUUACAAACAUAUUAUUCUAUCAGGUGGGAAUACUUUAAUCCGAGGCUUUGGGGAUAGAAUGUUAAACGAAUUGAAACAACUGCAAGAAAUUAAUACAAGCACAAGCAUUUGGGGAGGUAGAACUAUGGCGGCGGCAUCAUCAUCUACAUCAUAUAAAAUGAAAGUUAAAAUAUAUGCACCUCCAGAAAGAAAAUAUUCUACAUGGAUUGGUGGAUCUAUAUUAGCAGGGCUUUCAACUUUUAAGAAAAUGUGGGUUACAUUGCUGGAAUAUCAAGAGAAUCCAGAUAUUAUUCAUAAAAGGUACAUGUAA